AUGGGUAACGCGCAAUCCGGUCUUCCUCCACUUGGUGGUUCUGGAGGCGAUGAUAAAAAUAAAGACGAUAAAGACAAAGAUAAAAAAAAGAAGUGGGAACCGCCCCUUCCUACUCGCGUUGGUAAAAAAAGGAGGAGAGGACCGGACGCAACAUCCAAAUUGCCAGCGGUCCAUCCCACAACGCGUUGCCGAUUAAAGCUUUUAAAAAUGGAACGUAUAAAGGAUUACUUGUUGAUGGAAGAAGAAUUCGUUCAAAAUCAAGAACGAUUGAAACCACAGGAAGAAAAGGCCCAAGAAGAGAGAACUCGGGUAGAUGAUUUAAGAGGAUCUCCUAUGGGCGUUGGAACCUUAGAAGAAAUUAUUGAUGAUGAACACGCAAUUGUUUCUUCAACCUGGAUGCUCAAUUCUAUUGCAUCAUAA